CUAGAAGAACAAGAAACACAGAUAAAGGGAAAGAACUCUCCAGAAAAUAAAGUAGCUCCCUUUAUCUCCUCUAACACACCCAAAUUAUAAUUUGUAAAACCCUAAUUUCUACCCAUUUCUCUCUCUCAGCUGCUCCAGAAAAAAAAAACCCCUAAUUUCCAUUGGCGAAGGGACGAAAUUGAGAGAAAAUCCCCAAAUCGAGCUGCGAGUUGCGUCGAUCACUGUAUAAAUUAUCGAUGAGAAGAAUCGGGGUUGCGGAGGAAUCGAAGAUCGAAGCUGGGGAGGCGUAGAUGCAUGUCGCGGGAGUGAGCUUGGAUCUGAAUUGGUUCCUGCACUUCAUAUUUACAGUUUUUAUAAUCGCCUUCUGUUUGCUGCACCUGGUGAAGAACACGGCGUCGAAGUACUUUGAGGUCGACGCCAGCUUCGAGGGAGGAGGUGACGGGGGUGAUCGGACCCCAAUGCCUGGCGCGUUCAUGGAGGAUCCUGUUUGUGCUGUCUGUGGGAAUUCGGGUUCCAGGAGGUGCUCUCGCUGCAAGGCUGUUAGAUACUGCUCAACGAAAUGCCAAGAAAAGCAUUGGAAGUCAGGGCAUAAGACAGAAUGCAAGGACUUUCAACUAUCUGGCAGAGUGAAUUCAGCUCAGAACACAUUGGGUAAUCGGAGAUUUAAAACUUCUGGUGCUGGAGGAAAAACUUCCCCUGGACUUGCACUUGUUCCUGCUCGUGGAAUCUCUAGGCCUAUCAAGAUGCCUAAAGAGAUUCUUUUUCCCUAUGAAGAAUUUGUUGAACUUUUCAAUUGGGACAAGCCAGGGUUUCCUCCUUGCGGACUCUUAAAUUGUGGAAACAGUUGCUUUGCCAAUGUGGUUCUACAGUGUCUUUCAUCCACUCGACCGCUUGUUGCCUACUUGUUAGAGAAGGGCCAUCGGAGAGAAUGCAUACGUGAAGACUGGUGCUUCCUGUGUGAACUCGAAAUCCAUCUUCAAAAAGCUAGCCAAAGUUUGCAGUCCUUUUCACCAACCAACAUUAUCUCUAGAUUACCAAAUAUUGGUGGUAAUCUUGGCUACGGGAGGCAGGAGGAUGCUCAUGAACUCAUGAGGUUUGCCAUUGAUACAAUGCAGUCGUUGUGUCUUGAUGAGUUUGGUGGAGAGAAAGCUGUGUGUCCAAGCUCUCAAGAGACAACGUUAAUUCAACAUAUAUUUGGUGGCCAACUACAGUCUCAGGUGAUUUGUACAAAUUGCAAGAAUAUAUCAAAUCAAUAUGAAAAUAUGAUGGAUUUAACUGUUGAAAUUCACGGGGAUGCUUCAUCAUUAGAGGAAUGUCUAGAUCAAUUCACCAUCAAGGAGUGGCUUCAUGGAGAAAAUAUGUAUAAAUGCGAUGGGUGCAAUGACUAUGUCAAGGCUUGGAAGCGUCUUACCGUUAAACGCGCUCCAAAUAUUCUCACAAUUGCCUUGAAAAGAUUUCAGAGUGGACGGUUUGGGAAAAUUAACAAGAGAGUAACAUUUCCGGAAACAUUAGAUCUUAACCCCUACAUGAGUGAAGCGGGAGAUGGUACCAAUAUUUACAAGCUGUAUGCCGUUGUUGUCCAUAUUGAUAUGCUGAAUGCUUCAUUUUUCGGACACUAUAUCUGUUAUACCAAGGAUUUCAGUGGAAACUGGUACAGAAUCGACGACUGUAAGGUUACGACCGUAAAUUUGGAAGAGGUACUUUCCCAGGGAGCAUAUAUGCUACUAUAUAGCAGGGUUCAGCCACGAGCAUCAUGUCUAAGGACCCUCGAACCCCCGAAGAAAAAGGAGGAAAUGAUGAAUGUUGAAGUAGAGGCUUGCCAAAAGGAACAACUUGGAUGUUCCACUGCCGAGUCUGCAGAUCCUACCCACUGUUCUGGCUCUGUGCCAUCUGACACUACAUUGCUGCCACAGAUUCCAAGCUCUGUAACAGAAUCGGCUGCUGUAAUUGACGCUGAGGUUGUCCUAGAACACUCUGAUAAUGUGGAUCGCAGGCUUAAAUCACCGCCAACUGUUUCAAAAGAGGUUUGCAUAGUUGAAAAUGGUGCGGUUAAUUCCCCGUCUUGUCCAUCUGUUUCAAGGGAGAUUUCUAUAUGCAAGGACCCUGCUGGUGAGUUGGAUUUGGAUACCGUAAGAGGUGAUUCAACUCCAGCUCCAGAUGGUAUGGAUAUGUCUAAUGGUGACUCAUGUCAGGCUAUUCUGGACGAUGUAUCAGCACGCUGCAAGAAGGAUCUCUCUUCUUCAGGUCGUGAAGCUGAAAAUGGCGUUUCCCAAGAUAUGGAUAUCGAUCAUUGUGAGUCAAGUUCAUCCCCUGCAGAGGACAUUCAAAUUUGCCGGAGCAAUGGGCCAACGACUCGAGCAAAUGGGAAUGGUUCUCCAGUUGUGAAUUCUGGUUUUCUGAACGGGAACGGAAUCCACAGAACAAAAAAAAGUAGAUGACGGCUAAAUAAUCGAAGGUGGAUUUCUUAACGAUUAUUAUUUUGUUCAUAAUUCUUUAGGUCCCCUCAUCGUUGCCAUAAGGAAAAAGAUGGAGGCUGGGAAAUUUUUGUCCGGGGUUUCAUAAUUUGCAGAGACCUCCGAUUAACAAUUUAGUUGGGAGAGUCAUUAGUAAUUUAAUGAGUUUAAAUUCUUAUGACACAGUUAAGCGUUUUUUGUAUAAUGAAGAAGCACUUGAUAAGUGAUUGACCUAGAAACAUUUUUAAUUACUGUUGACAAAUGUAGUUAAAAGCGUUUUUGGAUGUUGGAAAUUUAGAAGUAGGCUAUCUAAUAGGUCGUGUUUAUUGUGUUCGAGUUA